GCGGCGAGGGGCCAAAGUCUCCGCGGAUGCCGACGUCGCCGCGGAUGCAAAAGGCGAUCGAGACGGGAGAGUACCUCGACGAGGGCGCCAUCUUCAUGCACUCGCCGCGCAUGAAGUCGGUGCUUCGCACGUCCGUCUCCGACUACGCCGACGCGGAGCAAAGGGUCGUCGAGGAGACGUCGGCGCAGGAGAAGCGGGUGAACGACCAGCUCGCGCCGCUCGUGAGCCCGCGCGGCAAGCCAAAGGAUCGACCCUUCGGCGGCCCCGGGUCUGAUGGCCCCUCCGCCCCUCCGGCUGCCCCGCCGUCCAAGCCGCCGCCGCGGGUCGACAAGUUUGUCGCGGCGCCCCCGAGGCGGGAGGGUGGGCCCGAGGUGUGCGAGUCGCCCCGCCUCCGGGACAAGGUCAAGCACUUCGAGAAGGUCGGCCUGAUCGCGCCCUCGCCACUUUCGGAAGCGAAGUCCCCGCCCGUGUCGCCGCGCCCGGGCAAGGCCUACGCAGGCAAGAAGUGGUGAACUUGGCGGGCGGCGUCCGCGAGGGAGCGGGGGGGGCGCGGAGGGAGAUUAGCAGAUACCCGCUUUGGGUUGAGAGGGGGAGGAACGGAAGGGCUUUAGGUUACUUGGGGGUGCAGCGAGAAAAAA